AUCCUCUUCGCCGCCGAACUAAGCACAUGCAGGAACGUAUAGAGACCGCGCUCAAGCGCGCUGCCGAAGUCGCGAACUUGGAAAUGCAGCGCGAGAGCGUGGAGCUAUCCCUGGACCGCCUGCAGGAGAUACAUGAUCAUACGGCGCUUCUUGAGGACGAGCUUGAGUUCUUGGACUUGGAGAUUGCCGGCGUGGUCGACGUACCACGCAAACUGAACGAUCUGAUUGCCGUGCGGGGGAAGAUCACCGCUCAGAUGGACAUCCACCGCUCUCUCUGCGCACCAGUACAUCGCCUCUUCCCGGAACUGCUCUCGGAGAUAUUUGUCUACGCGACGAAGUCGGCGUCGAAAACAUGGGCAUCGAAAACAUCGCAGCUCGCGGUGGCAUGCAAGCUUGCGAGCAUCAUCGCUGUCUGGCGUCGCGUGGCUCACGGAACGCCCUUGCUCUGGCCCUGCCUUCUCGCUGAUGACGAGCAUCAAUGGAACACAUAUUUAGAAAGGAUCAUCACCCUCACUGGCUCUCUACCGCUUGUCGCGCACUGCCUCAGUACGAGAACGACAGAGCUGUUCGUGACCCAGCCCGCUAUGCAUGCGCGCAGAUGGCGGGUAGCGACAUUGUGUUCUCCCAUCUGCGCUAUAGUUCCUGCCGCAGCGCGUGUGGAGGCACCGACCCUCGAAGACCUGACAGUACAUGGUAUGAUCUGUGAUGAUCCGGAGGCGCGCGAGGUCACAGACUAUCUUGUACUGCCGCGCCUCCGCUGCUUGCGAGUCUUCCUCACAAACCGACUUGGCGUUGGCCAGGCCCUCAUAUUUCGCAUGCCGCCCACGCUCACCUCGUUCACUCUCACUUUCAGGGCAACGGAGGCGGUCCUCCUCCACGUUGUGAACUUGCUGCAUCAAUGCGCGAGCACUCUCGAAAACCUGUUCGUCAAUUUUGGAACUCGGAUUGAUGAACGCGGAUGGUCGAUACCUGUCUUCAUGCCAGCCUUGAAGACUCUCACCCUGUACCAGGACGGCUGUCUACUGCUCGAAUGCAUCAACGCACCUGCAAUUGAGCAGCUGACCAUUGAGAUUGCGCCGAUGUUCUUCGUAGAGUCACUCACGAUCUUUCUCGAACGUAACGAUUCUUCUGUGUCCCAUCUCAUCUACGUCUGCAUCGCCAUCGUACCAGAGCUCGACGAGGACGAUACAGAGAUGCUUGUGCGAUGCUUGGGAAGACUGGAGCGCCUCGAAGAGCUGCACUUCACUGAUACGACAAUCCCUCUCGAUCUCGUGCGUUCUCUGAUUUGCUACGAGAGUGUGCAGCCAGCCCUACCGAAGUUGCGCGUCCUCUCUCUGGACAGCCUGCCGACGCCGGAGCAUGAGGCGGCACUGCGCGACGUGUACGCCUCGAGGAGGUGGAACAGGUGUAUUUGUGGGAUGGAUAUCGCCAUACUUGAGGAUCCGGAUGAGGUCAUCGCAGCCAAUGCCUAGUAUGCGGCAAUGACGGAACUUCAGAAUGAUUAUGACUUUACAAGCCCGAUUGAUGUUUACCAGAGAAUGUAAAGAUGCCGUACUAGUGUAGCAUCUUUCAGCGAUUGAUUUGACAGAGUUACAGCGCGAGAUUGACCAUAUAUUC